AAUAGUCACAUUCCAGGGUGGGAAGACCACAGGAACGAAGCUGGUGAGGAGAGAAGUAAAGUCAAAUGGGAUGAUAAAGAAAGUCUAGGGGGAGCGAAGGAGGAGAAAGAAAAAACACUAAAAGGGAAUGUAAACAAAAAUACACCAAUGAGGAGACCAUGGGAGUUCAACACUACUGGCUGCUGCUGUUGUUGGUCGACAGCCUUUGGCGGAUUACAGGUGCUGUAAGUGACAUUAGUCCAUACAUAAAGCGUUAUGAGAGCUUGUCAUAUGACAGAGAGGAUCUCCAUAGGAAGCACCUGAGAGCCAGGAGAGCCUCACAGCCUCAGGAAUACACACUUCAUCUGGACCUCACUGCUUUCAACAGGACUUUCCAUCUGCGUUUGAAACAUGAUGCAUCAGUGUUUUCUAAAAAUUUUGUGCUGGUCAGUGAAAAUGGUUCCACAUCAGCUGAUCUCUCCCACAUAUAUUCAGGGACACUGGAUGGUGAACAUGGUUCAGUCUGCCAUGGCUCAGUGUUACAGGGUCAGUUUGAGGGAACCAUCCAUACAGACAAUGGGACCUAUCAUAUAGAGCCAGUAAACAGAUACACCAGCAACCAAACGGAUCACCACUCUAUAAUCUACAAUGAGGACGACAUAGUUUUACCAUCCAAGAGAACUGGCUCUGAUGGAUUCUGUGCUGCACAACAUCUUAACCUCCGCGCCCAAAGCCUCAGCCCUGAUGAGAAGGCGCCAGUGAGCCGAGGGAAGAGAACAGUGGAUGAGUCAAAGACCAGCUGCCUGCUCCACAUUCACGCUGACCACUACUACUACAAGAAGUUCAAAUCAGUUGCGGCUGUCAUAGCGCAGAUUCACUCCUACAUGCGAGCUGUGAAUGACAUCUACGACAAAGUGGACUUCGAUGGAAUCAAGCUGAUCAACUUUAAAGUAAAAUCCCUCCAGGUGAUGACAGAGGAUGAAAAAAACAAUCCCCUGAACCCUCUUUACAUCGGGCCUGAGAAACUGCUGAGGCUGUAUGCUGAGAGUAACUGGAACGACUUCUGUCUGGCCUAUGUGCUCACUGACAGAGACUACAGCGGGACGCUGGGACUCGCCUUUGAGGGCAAGCCUGGUAACGCAGGAGGAAUAUGUUCAAAGCAGAUCAACCUUCAAAAGGGCGGGACCAUCACCAAGAACACCGGCCUGGUCACAAUUCAGAACUACGGACAUUACAUACCUGCUCCACAAGUCCAACUGACCUUCGCUCAUGAGCUCGGUCACAGCCUGGGAUCUCCGCACGAUGAUGGCUCGAACUGUGGAAACCUCGGCUCCAGGGGUGGUAAAGGCAGGUAUCUGAUGUACCCUGAAGCUACAGGUGACUUGCGUGAAAACAACGACAAGUUCUCGCCCUGCAGUAUCGAACACAUCAGCAGGAUCCUGAAGCUGAAGAAGGAUGACUGCUUUGUGGUCAGUGAUCAGCCCAUCUGUGGAAAUCUGAUUGUCGAGGAUGGUGAGGAGUGUGAUGUCGGUCAAAACGACUCAGAUCUCUGCUGCUUCAGCGCCAAACAGGCUGCAGGACUCCAGUGUCGCCUCAAGCCUGGUAAAGUCUGCAGUCCGAGUCAGGGCCUGUGCUGCGCUCAGGACUGUGGGUUUAAGCCUGUGGGUCAGAGCUGUGAUGAGGAGACAGACUGUCAGAAAGAGGCCGUGUGUUCGGGCCUCUCCCCGUUCUGCCCACAGCCAAGCGCCAAGGAAAACCUUACUGUCUGCAGUCAGGGCACGCGUGUCUGCCUGAACGGGGCCUGUGUCGAGUCCGUGUGUAUGAAGCACAGCCUGCAGCAGUGCGACUGUCCGGGAGACUCAAUGAAGGAGAAAUGCCACAUGUGCUGCCAGCAGCCGGAUAAGCCUGAGACGUGUGCCAGCACCACCUCCUCCGUGCUGUCCCAUUUCUUCCAGAAGAAGGUGUUGCCGCUGGUCGGCGGGGCUCCGUGUUCAGGGAACCGAGGUUACUGCGACAAAUUCCAAGUGUGUCGUCUGCUGGAUGCCGACGGCCCCAUAGCAAGACUGAAAAACUCCUUUCUUAAUUUGGAUGACUACGAUGACAUAGCAGAGUGGAUGAAGGUUUACUGGUGGGCCAUCUUGCUUGCAAUCCUGACUCUGUCUGCAGUGAUGGGCUGCACCAUCUGCCUCUGCGGCCGCAAGCUGGAAACCGAUGAGUUUGAGUGACCUCUGAAUUUUGAUCCUUGUCACCUCUGAGAGUGCAUCAUGACGACGCAGAAUUCAGUAGGAUUCAUUCAUUUUGGAUUUUAAAAUGCAGUGAUAAACUGUGUGUGAUAUGGACGUGUUGGAGACACUAGGCGGGUUUCCAUUACAAAAUGACAGCAGAGAAAUGCAAAACAAUUGCAAAGACACACAAAGACAUGCACAACAACUACCAAAAUGAGCAAGACAACCUCAAAAGACACAAAAUGACUAUAACAAGAGACAAAACUAUAGAGAGACGUGUAAUGUCUACAAAGACACACCAAACAGCAACAAAAAAAGCAAAAAAACAUUCAUAAAGUAAGUGUGUUUUUAACAUAUGUAGGAGAAGUGGUGGGACCUUCUGCAUGUCUGGGCCAAGGGGCCCCCUGUCUCAUAAUCUGCUGAUGAGUCAGCCCCUUUAGGUCCACAUAGCAUUAACGCAACAGUAAUUUAAAGACACCUGCCCCUGCAAAGACUUGAGAGACUCUCUUGUUUUGCCCUGCAGCAUCCUGACUUUUAUGUUUGAACUUGAGCGCUAAUUUCAGCCUUAAAGCAAUUCUCCACCCAGAAAAUGCACAUUUAUAAACCAAUUACUCAUGCUGCGUUACCUGGAAUUUGUGGAGAAAACUGCUUUUCUUGAAUUCAUCCAAUGAAAAUGGCGAGCAUUUUGAUUUAUUGAUUGAUUGGGUUAAACGACAAAAAAAUUAUAUUAAAAUAUACAUUUACAAACUCUCUGACAACAUGCAGUUUAAUCCAAGUCUCAUUUAUCCAGUCAUAUACUCAGUACUUCAUUUUGGAGUCUUGCUUUGAAGAGAGUAUAGAUAAGUUUCACUUGUGGAAGAAUUUGAGUGAAUAUGCAUGUGUUUGGGGAGUACUGAGCAUACGACUGAAUAAACAAGGCUUGGAUUAUGCUGCACGAGUUCGAGGUAACACAGUUUGACUAACCGAUUUGCAAAUGGUCAUUUUGUGUGUGCAAUACUUUUAUAAAUGACUACACAGCUUUCAAUCACAGUGAGACUUCACCAACUUUAAUAUCAUCGGAGUGAGAGUGAAAAAAACAAGCGGAAACUGAUGGACGUCUUGACAGGUCAUUUGGCCGAAAUAUUGUCACUUAAAUUUUAAAGUUUACACCGCUAAUAAAGCGACCGUGAACGUGUUUGUCAUCUCAAGAAGUACUAGUGUACAACUUAAAUGCUUUUAUGUUCCAACUCACACAAUUCUGAAGCCUUGUUAGUCCUAACAGUAUCCCAUUGGAUAACCCAUUUUAUCUGACAGCCCAAUAUCCCAAAAACACUCGCCCAUUGCUCCGUAGUCCUUUUUCUCUGAAAAUUAACACUCCAUGCUGUUAGACAACCCAACUGCCCGAACAAAUGUUUUAGAUAUGUUACAUUUGUCAACAGCACUGUUGUGAAUGUGUAGUUUGGUUUAGACACUAAAACCACUUGGUUAUGUUUAGGAAAAGAUUGUGUUUAGGCGUAAAAUCAGGUGGCACAAAAGUCACUGGAAAAGCAGGGACGGGUUGAUGAAAAACGUGGGGUUUGUAGCUCAAACACUGCUGGGAAAUACCACAAAGGGUCAGUAAAAACAGAAAACUUAGUGAUGUCUUAAGUAGUUAAAACUAAUUUUUAUAUAUAUGUUUAACUGGUACCUGUGUGCGUACUUAGGUAAUAUUUUAAUGGCAGAAUUUUAACUUGAGUACUGUUAGAUUGUUGUUCUUUUAUUCAAGUAAAUGAUCUGAACACUUCCUCCACCAAUGAUUGUCAUAACUUAUCAAAAGCUCUCUUCACUUUUUUCUGAAGUAUCUUGAUCGGGUCUAUCUCCUGGGUCACCUUGACACACUGAGCCAAACACAAUGGCGUCACAACUACAAGGACGUGAAGAAAUCACACAGCUUAUUUUGUAUAAUUUAACAAUGCCUUGCGCUUUUGUAUCAAAAUCUGUUUAAACUGUUAAAAAUGUUUGAAUCACACACUGGUUUUUGUCCUGAUAAUAAAUAAGAAAAUGAUUAAAAAAAACAAAAACCUUGAGCUGGUAAACCCAAGCGAUAACAAAAGAACAUUUUCAUGAUUGAGUAAGUUUAGCAUAAAAAACAAAGUUAGAAAAUAAAAGUCAGGCUCAGGAUGACCUUUCAGAUAGUAAUUUUGGUUUAUUAAAGAAUUUACACAGUACAACGAGUAUUUACAAAUAUGUACAAAAGAUUAUAGAAAUGCAUGUUUUACAGAUUAAAUUCAUCAAAAGGUAAAAACAACUAACAGUGUCCCAUACUGCAAAAUCUAUCACCUGGUAUUUACAUAACUGUACAAGUAACUUGGUUUAGCAAUCUCUUCUCCUGUUUUCAGUGCAAAUUUAAAAUAUCUCCACAUUUUUAAAGUCAGUGGAAAUGAAGUCACAAUGAUUACAGUACCGAUCUCUAAAGAGCCAGGGGUGUGAUGAGUAAAAGAGCUUUAGUUAAGAUUUAAAAAGUCAUAUGCACAGAAGAAAGUGCAGUCAAAGAGACUGUAAAACAAAAGGACAACAUUGAUAUUGACUGUACUUUAAUAAAACUAUGGUAGACAUUAUGACAGGUGCUUCUUUGAGGUAACAGCUUCAAAGUAACAUCUUGCAGAAGUGUAGCAGUAAAAAAGUGUUUUAAACAAUGUUUGCAUGUUCAGAUGUCUCGGUAAAAGUCACAGAGUUCAUAGAAUAACAACAAUAAAGCACACUGAGGUGAAAAACAGCUAAGUUAAGACAAGUUUGUAAGACAGCUUACUUCUGGCUACAGUAAGGCACAUUGUUACAGGUCUCACAGCCACGUAAAGCCCUGUGAGCCACAGUGGUGAAUGCUCUGUUAGUCAGAUAAUACAUAAAGGUAAAUACACCAGACCCAAUUGCAUAAAAUACCUUAAGAAACUCGUUUUAGAAGUUAUUUUUUCUCCUCUUUUGGCAGCCCAGAAGAAAAUAUUAGCAUUGUAUUUUUCUGCAAACCAUGAAUACAUUACAUUUACAUGUAUCAGCACUUCUCAUAUAUGAUCUGACUUUGUCAUCGGGGGAGUGGAGGGGACGAGACCUGCCAAACUGCAGGCCACUGUUCGAAAUCAACAAACUAUAAAAUCAUUUGUGAUUUAGUGUGUUUUUGUUUUUUAAGCUGC